UUUUUUUUUGAAGAGAAAAUUUGUAAACUUGGAGGCAGCAGUAGUUAGGGUUCAGGCCAAACUGGUAAAAGACGGAGGGGCGUCUUCCAAAACCGAGGAGAAAGGGGUGUCCGGUGUGUUUCAAAUAACAGCAGGCGAUCACCAGAAUGGGUGUGAAUGACUUGUGGCCAAUUUUGGAGCCUGUAAAGCAGCACCUCCAGUUGGAUAAUCUCUGUGGGAAAACCAUUGCAGUUGAUCUGAGUCUCUGGGUAUGUGAAGCACAGAUGGUCAAAAAAAUGAUUGGAACCGUCAUGAAGCCCCACCUCAGGAACUUAUUUUUUCGUAUCUCCUGUUUAACACUGAUGGAUGUAAAACUGGUGUUCGUUAUGGAAGGGGAACCCCCAAAGCUGAAAGCUGAUGUCAUAAGCAGGAGGAAUCAGAUUCGAUAUGGGCCUUCGGGAAAAACAUGGUCUCAGAGAACAGGGAGAUCACAUUUUAAAUCAGUUUUAAAAGAGUGUCUCGAUAUGCUGGAUUGCUUAGGAAUUCCCUGGGUCCAAGCUGCUGGGGAAGCGGAAGCCAUGUGUGCUUAUCUUAAUGCCAGUGGUUACGUCGACGGCUGCCUCACUGAUGAUGGGGAUGCUUUCCUCUAUGGCGCCCAGACUGUUUAUAGGAAUUUCACUAUGAAUACCAAGGAUCCACAUGUUGAUUGUUAUACAAUGUCAUCUAUUGAGAGUAAACUAGGUUUAGAUAGAGAUGCUCUGGUUGGACUAGCCAUACUACUGGGCUGUGAUUAUCUUCCGAAGGGAGUCCCUGGAGUUGGCAAAGAGCGAGCAUUAAAACUUAUACAGACUUUGAAAGGGCAAAGUUUACUUCAAAGGUUUACUCAGUGGAAUGAAGAAUCAUCCUCUGAUCCACAACCACUAGCUAUUAAAACACCGGCCCAUUGUUCUGUGUGUUCCCAUCCAGGUUCAUCUAAGGAUCAUGUACGUAAUGGAUGCAAACUCUGUAAAACUAAUCAGUAUUGUAAACCACAUGAUUAUGAAUACUGUUGUCCUUGUGAGUGGCACCGUACAGGGCAUGACAGACAACUGAGUGCCAUCGAGAACAGCAUUAAGAAAAAAGCUUGCAGUUGUGAGGGAUUCCCAUUCCAUGAGGUUAUUCAAGAAUUCCUUCUGAACAAGGAUAAAUUGGUGAAAGUAAUCAGGUACCAAAGACCUGAUUUAUUGUUGUUUCAGAGAUUUACUCUUGAAAAAAUGGAAUGGCCCAAUCACUAUGCAUGUGAGAAAUUGUUAGUGCUUUUGACCCACUAUGACAUGAUAGAAAGAAAGCUUGGUAGAAGGAAUUCUAAUCAACUACAGCCAAUUCGAAUCGUUAAAACGCGGAAAAGAAAUGGAAUUCAUUGCUUUGAAAUAGAAUGGGAAAGGCCUGAACAUUAUGCUAUGGAGGAUAAACAUGGAGAAAUGGUUCUACAAACAAUAGAAGAAGAAUCAUUGUUUGAAGCAGCUUAUCCUGAGAUUGUUGCUGUUUAUCAAAAACAAAACUUAGCACUGAAAGGGAAGAAACAAAAAAGCAUGAAAAUUAAGUCUAAAGAAAACAGUUGGCCAGAAUCAGAUAAUGUGAUGAGUUUCCAGUCACAGAUGACUUUAAACCCCGCAUGUGAAGUCUUUUCUAUGCAGAAUUCCAAGUUAAAUUUGGAAAUUACCCCUGAUUGUGCAUUACCCCAGAAAUCUAUUUCUGCAUCAUUGAGUAGCUUGAUUUUACCUGAAGAUACUCCCUGUUUGAAUACACAAGAGCAUUUAAUGUCUUCUCCAAGACCUUUGGCUCUGCAGCAAGUUACAGCUGUCAGUAAGUCUCUAAUUCCAGAAGCUAGUCAACCUAGUACCUCAUCCCAUAAACUAUCAGCGAUUGCUGAUCUACAAUUAAGCACCAUUGACUGGGAAGGUACUUCUUUCAGUAAUUCACCAGCUAUUCCAAGGAACACUUCCCCUCAUGGUUUAAAAUCAGAACUUGAAACAGCCAUCCCUGAAAAUUUUAAAAAUUUCCCAGAAGAAUUAUCAUGUAAAUCAGAAUGGGGUACCACAAACAUUAAUAAAGUAUUGGAUCAGGAUCUUCAAAAGACUAAUCCUGAAGAGCAUCUACUUUCUGGCAUUACUCAUUUACAUCUUCAGGAUUUGCCUUUAAAGGAACGAAUACGUAUAAAAUCAUCCUAUCCUCAGGAUAAUGCACAACAAAAUGUUGACCUGAAAACUCCGUCCCUAGGUACCACAAAAGAAUCUUUUAUUGCUAAGAGUGGUUCUGAUUGUCCAUCACAUCCUUCAAAGGAUCUUCUAGGAAUUCAUUUGCAAAAUGAAUCUAGACAAUCUAAAGUUAUAAAAGGAGAUCAGCUAUUUCAAGAAAACUAUAAAGUUAAUACUUCUAAAUCUUACUCUGUCAAUAACCCAAUAGUAAAGACCUCCAAUGUUAGAGUUGGACCAUCAAAUACUGCUUUAGAUCAUAGUAGAAAAGGUGAUGUGCAAACCACUCAGAAAAGUGUAAUGAAGAAAAGCGUUUGCCUUGACAGAUAUUCCUCUGAUGAAGAGAGUGUCUCUGUGUUUGAGAAAGCUAAAAACACAACUCAGAAAAUGAAGCCUAGUUCUCAGCAGCAUAACCCAGCCCCAUUCAAGAAAGAUGAUGCCAACAAGUUGAAUAACUCUAAAAUAUAUAUUGAAGAAACUGAACAGUGUGUCCAGGCUUAUAAAACAGCUGGAAAUGAAGAGGACUGUUUCCCAGAUGCAGCUAAAAGUUCUCUGAAUUUUCUACAGUGUCAUAAGGACAGAGGUGACUCUGGAACUUCUCUGGAUAGUCUUCUUCCUUUAAGGCAAAGAUUAAAACUAAGGUUCCAAAAUUCUUGAACUGGAAUUAAAAAUAUUUAAGUAUAACUUAGUAUCUUAGGACCAUCAGCACUAGCAGAGGCAGAAUCUCUACAUUUGGCAUAAAAAUGUAAUGUGGUUCUGUGUAUCAUGAGACACCUUUUCCAUUUUAAUUAAAUUUAUAAUUAAAAAUGUUGUCUGAAACUUUGGUUUUAAAAGGUGAUCCUUGUGUUUAAAACUUAGGAUAAUGUAUAUUUUUAAAACAUACUUUUGCCAUUUUUUAUAUCUUUAUUAAUUUUUCUUUAAAGUUUUAAAAUGUUAGUACAGUACUAGAGUAAAUGUUUCAUCCAUUUGCUCACUUUUGUUCAUUUCUUCCACAAACCUCUAAAGUUUUCAUUUAUAGUUAAGCUUGUUACCAUGAGGAUAAUUCUUUGUAAUUGCCUACACUCCCUCAGUGUCUUCUGUUGUGCCUUUCCUGAGAGUUUCAUUUUCUCUUAAUAUGAAGAUAAAAUUAGUGUGCUCUUCUAGUGUUGGUAACCUUAUUCUCUUUGUGAAGGGCAAAAAUGGAAAAGGAGGAAGAUUCUCAGUAUAAUCAGUAAAAAUUAUAGUUGUAAUGGCUGAAAAACUUGAGGAAAGCUAUUUCUUACAUAACCCCAGGAAUCACAGGUAUGCCAAAUGAAAGAUUUUCAAUAUAGAAUAUAGAAUGAUAAGAGACUUAGAAAUUUGCUCAGGAUCACACAACUAAUUAAUAAUGGUAUGGGAACCAGAAUUCUUGCCCCCUAAUUUAUUGCCUUUUCUGUUUUCCUUUUUUUCCAUAGCACUUUUUUUCUUUUCCUUUUAAAAGAUUUUUGUACUAUGUGGACUUCAAUAAAUCUAAAUAUUAAAUUGUGCAUUAGUUUAUUUGACAUUCAAAAAGUCUAGGGUAACCAGACUGGAAAGUAAAAAGUAAAACUUGCUAUUUGCAGAUGACAAAGUAUUUAUAUACAAAAUUCUAACAAACCCACUAGAAACUAUGAGAACUAAUAAAUGAUUCAGCAAGAUUGCAGGUUACAAGAUCAAUAUACAAACAUCAAUUAUAUCUUACAUCUACAAUGAAUAAUACUAAAUGAAAUUAAGAAAAUUCUGUUCAAAAUAGCAUCAGAAAGGAUAAAAUACUUUGGAACGAGUUUAACGAAAGAAGUGCAAAAUGUACACUCUGAAAACUACAAAAUAUUGUUGAAAGAAAGAAAACCUAAAUAAAUGAAAAGACAUCCCAUGUUCCUGAAUCAAACAACUUGAUAUUAAGAUAUUUCCCAAACUAAUUUAUAGAGUCAAGGCCGUCUACAUCAAUUUUAGCUGAUUUCUUUGCACAAAUGGACAAGCUGAUUCUAAAAUGAUUAUGGAAAUUUAAGGGACAGAAAAUAGGCAAAACAAUUAAAAAAAAAAAUUAUGGGAGGACUUGCCUCUCCUGAUUCUGAUUUCAAAACUUACUACAAGUUUUCAGUAAAGAAGAAUAUGUUGUAGCGGCAUCAAGGCACACAUAUAGAUCAAUGGGAUAGACUUGAGGGGAAAGAUAAAUCCUCUAACAUUUAUGUACAAUUGAUUUUCAACCAGAGUACCAACACAACUCAACGGGGAAACAAUUUCUUUCAUCAAAUUCUAUUGGCACUACUGGAUAUCUAUAUGCAAAAGGAUGAAUUUUGAACACUACCUUGUAUAAUAUGCAGAAUUAACUCAAAAUGGAUCAAAGAUCUGGUUGCAAACUAUAAAUUCUUAGAAGAAAACAUGGGCAUAAAUGUUUGCGACUUUGGAUUAAGCAAUAAUUUCUUAGAUAAGACGCCGAAAGCUUAGACAACAAAAGUAAAUACAUUGUACUUCAUCGAAACUAACAACUUUUGUGUUUCAGAGGAUACUGUCAGAAUGAGGAGACAACCAUUAAAGAGUAGAAAAUAUUUUUAAAUGGUGAAUGUGAUAAUUGACUCUUGAAUAGAGACACAUGUCUAAAAAGCUCUUACAAUAAUAAGACAAAAGUGA